CAUACUACCAGAUGCCCUCGCUCUACCUCUACGAUGACUACGAUCGUUGUCUUGAAGAGUUCCCGGUACGUGCCACCUAUUGCCUGAUAGAUGGUUGGAUCGUACCAAACGACACCAUACCGCUAUGGUCCGUGAUAGAGCAAUUUUCCAGCGACACCAAACGUAGCUUCCGGCAUGAUCGAAUACAGCGUGGCCUGUGCAUGAACCGGUGCCAGCUGCUAAUGAGCAAAUUCGAUCGACGCACCCAGAUGAAGUACUUCCAACCGCGCUUCGUAACGAACGAUUCUCAGAAAAUCACGUUCGAUCCGAAUACGUUCCGCGGGGCACUCGAUUGGCGUAACCGGUACCGCCGUUUAGCCAAUCAAUGUGUCAAUUAUGAGCUAAAGCGUCAGUACUCUCUGAUGGCUUACAGCACAGUCGAAUAUUGUGUGACGAACCGGCAGGCAGCGGCCCGGGACGUGCCUGCGUCCGGGCUGGUAACGCCCACGGAAGCUUUAGAUGCGAUUGAUGUUGUGUUUCUAGUAAUUCUGAGCCUUCUGUUUGUCCUUACGGUGAUCUCCACCACCUACGAUUGCUAUCGGUAUCGUCAGAUGAAACCAUACGGCACGGGAGUGGUUGGAUUAAGCGAUUACUAUCGAUCCGGUAUCGAGCGUUUCGGUGCUAGCCAGCGUAUGUGUGUGUGGGUAGGUCUAUUGGUGUCGUUUUCCUUACCCCGAAACUGGCAUCUACUGACGACGACACGGAAAAAGGCGACCACAUCGGCGAAAGAUUUGCGCUUCAUACAAUCGGUGCGCUUUCUCGUAAUGUACCUCGUCAUUGCUGGCCAUUCGAUGCUGUUUAAUUGCAUCUUUCCACUGCACAACCCACAGUACGUGGAGCUGAAUUAUCGUCGAUUCAUUACGAUGCUUAUAUUUAAUGGUAUCACGGUGGUGCAAACAUACUUUACCAUAAGCGGAUUUCUGUUGGCCGUUCAUUUUGUGGAUUUUGCUGAGAAGCAGCGGAGCUUCCGUUUGAAGGAUUUCCUUCAAAGUAUUAUCUACAGAUUUUUAAGAUUAACCCCCGUUUACGGAUUUAUGCUGCUUCUAGACGCUUCCUGGUUAAUACGCCUGCAAGAUGGUCCAAUCUGGAAGCGUGUCGCCGAAACGGAACGUACCUACUGUAGAAGCAACUGGUGGGCUAAUGUGCUGUACGUUAACAACUACCUCACCGUUUCCGAACCGUGCUUGCAACAGACCUGGUACCUUGCAACGGACUUUCAACUGUACAUUAUUGGACUUACUCUGCUGGCAGGUACAUGGCGCUAUCCGAAGCUUCUAAAACCUUUGCUUACGUUGGCCGUAGCCGGAGCACUCGUAGUACCGGCCAUCGUCACAUAUGUAAAUCGCUUUGAAGGAGUCGUUAUAUUGCGGCCCGAAGCCCUCAAGUAUGUGCUGUGGUAUGACGAAAUGUAUCGCAAAAUGUACAUCCCAACGCACACCAACUUUGGCAGCUAUCUGGCCGGGUUGAUGGCUGGCUUGAUGUACCACAGGCUGAAGCGUGCCGACUUUGUUGCCGUUCGCCAUAAAGGCUUUCUCGUCCUCUGGCACGCAUCGUUACCGGCUGCAAUCGUCCUGCUGCUGUCCGCGUACAUAUUUUAUGCGUACGAUUUUGAGAAGCCCACCAUAUGGAUAGCCAUUUAUGCGGCACUUUCCAAAAAUCUCUGGGGCGCACUUUUCGGUGUCCUGUUCGUUGGAGUAGCGUUCGGAGUCGGUGGAUUUCUUCGUGUCGUCCUUAAUAAUUCGAUCUUUCGACCACUGGGCAAGGUGACGUACUGUGUGUUCCUGUGUCAUCUGUUUGUGAUACGCGUCACGUUGGGCAAUGUGCGGCAGCCAAUCUACGUAAGCGAUAUGCGAAUUCUAGUAGUUACCUCUUCAACCCUUGUGUUGGCCUACAUUAUGGGGACGUUGAUGUGUUUGCUGAUAGAGAUACCGUGCUCCAACAUACAGAAACAUUUAUUCUUCUUCAAAAAAGAAAAUAUCUACAAAGAAGAGAUACAGCUAGUUUGCAAUGGAGAACGCACCAAUCAAAAGAACCAAAGUGAAGCAGUGAACUAA